AUGAGUAAUUUUCAAGAUGAAACAACAACCGACAGUUCGUGCAGUUUAUCAAAGAACGAAGUAAUAAAAUUACUGUAUAAUCAAGAUAGUGAUAUUGAAUUAAUAGCACCCGAGAAGUUUAAGUCACCGAUUUGGGAGAGAUUUCGUAUUGUGUUUUAUAAAGGUGUCCGAUUAAGUUUUGUACAGUGUGUUGGAUGCUCACUGGUUCUGGUUUAUAAGUCUCGCACUGGAACUGCUUCGUUAUUAAGACAUCGUUGUUCACGAUUUCCAAUUUCUGUAUACGAUUUAAAGCUCGAGAAUCAUAGAGCCAUUAUUGCUGCUGCUGGUCAGUUAAAUUUAUUGAGUGAAAUGGCGACAUCACAAAAUAAUGAAACAAUUGAAUUAAAACAAGAAAUGUUAACUGAUGAGGAGGAGAGUGAAGAACAGGACGAUGAUCAAAAGUAUACGACAGAACAAACAGAUAAAGGUCUUUUAGAAUCGUUUUCAUUAUUAGAAAAAACAUUUAUUACCGGCGAUGAUUUAUUAUUGUCCAGAGAAGAAAUUGAACACGCGAAACGCACUAAUGAUCCUGACUUAUACUUUGAACGACCAAGAAAUCAUCGUCACAGUUCUACAUGGGAUCGCUUUGAGAUUGUAUACUAUAGAAAUGUUCGGCAAAAUUUCGCUAAAUGUUUUUCUUGCAAUUCGAUUGUAUCAUACAAGAAAACAACUGGAACUGCCAGUUUGAUUAGACAUAAGUGUAAAAAUUUCAAUCAACAACAACAACAAUCAAAUGCCAAAAAUGAUUCUUUGAAUAGUUUGCUAGGUCCAACAACGUCUUCCGUGACUCUACCGCCAUUAACACCAGCACCAAUAUUUAAUCCUAAGCAGUCAACAUCUUCUGCUUCGGUUUCAUCAACAAGUACAACAGCUCUGAAAGGAGAAAACUUAAAUAAAAUGCCGAUAGUGGUAGUGCAAGGACCACGUUCUGAAAAUAUUGUAAAUAGUGCUGAGAAGGGACUGAUAGACGCACAAAUACAAUGGUUAAGCCAAUGUUUGAUAACAACUGAAAUUUUAGGAGAUUCCUCUUACUUAGGAUUUCUUCAAAAUCUCGUUAAUUAUGGAGCUGAUUAUGGAAAACAGAAUGUUACAAAUUUCAUAAAUCGUGAUAUUAUAUCCAGAGAAGUAAUUCCGAAAAAGUGCUCUAAACUUCAAAAUGAGUUGAUGAUUGAAUUGAAAGAUAUUGAAUUUUCAAUUUCGUAUGCAACAUGGACGAAUUAUUCUAAUGAAAAAUAUAUAACGGUAUUUGUUUAUUACUUUAAUCAGAACUUUGAAUACAAAAAUGCUAUCGUGGGAACACGCAAAUGUAGCAGUGAAAAUAAUAUUGUGAAAAUCGUGAAAGACAUUGUACAACCAUACAAAAAUUGCAAGAACCCUCUUAAAUGUGUAUCUGAAGAAGCAUUUUCUGAUUUUGAUGUAUUUCCAUGUGUUAUUAGUCGCAUCGCUAAAGUUGUUCUAACUGUAAUGAACGCAAGUGAUGAAGCAAGAAACUUCUUUAAGAAAGUUUACAUUGAGGCACACGAAUUGUUAACAAUACCACAAAAACAUAGUUUUGAAGACAGUAGCGAUGUGUAUAAGAUGAAUACUUACUACUCACUUUAUCAACUUUUAAAGAGUGAUGAUGUACAUAGCAGUGGAAUGAUGAAAAAAUUUAUGAACUUAUUAGGUAUAUUAUUCUCAGCUAUUAUGAGCCUUGUUGAAACAAAUGAUGAUGGCACUUAUUGUGUCACAGCCAAUCGAGUUUAUCUUUGGUGCAAGAAAUUUCUCAAACAUUAUUCUGAAUUCACAUCGACUGACAAAACUGUCAAUAAUCUUGGAAUAUCAAUUUUGAAGCUGAUCAAAGAAAAUUUCAACAACAAAAUUUGUGAACUCUAUCAAAUUGCAGUGUUCUUAAAUCCCAACUUUAAGAGUCUUAAAUUUUUACCAGCUAGUGAACGCAAUAAAUUAUUGGAUAUUAUUAAGAAAAAUCUCGAGAAACUAAUGAGUGAGGAUAGUUCCAGUGAGCCUCCGAAUAAAAAACCGAAAGUGAUUAAAAAUCAAGCACAUUUGAAUGACACAUUCCUGGAAUUUAUGGAUAUAACGAUGGAAAGCGUUGACGAUCAAGUUGACUCUGAGAUACAGCGUUAUAUGGGUUAUAAAUUGGAAAAUCCUAUUGAGAUUUUAGAAUUCUGGGCCACAAAUGAUUCAUUCCCAUACCUUAAACGACUAGCGAAGAACUUUCUUAAUCUUCCGUCUUGUACAUUCCACAGUAAUUGCUGUUUUCUUACAAUGGAUAAUUCAUUCUAUCAAAAAUGCAAGAAUCUUCCUGCUGAAGAUAUAGAAAACCUUACAUUCCUUCAUCAGAACAUUAAAAUAUAA